AACACAGAAGCGAAUUACAAGUGACGAAUACUUGUGCGAACCGUGCAGAUCGUCGACAUGAUAGCGUCCACAAGUUAGACGACGUUGGCUGCAAAGCUCUCGGCUUCCGUGGCAACUUGGCGACACUGCCCUCGGCCAACAUGGGCACGAAGCGCACUUCUUUUGGCUCGCCUCGGGACUCGCGACGACACGCGUCAUAAAAAAAAUAUAUUUAUACAGUUUAAAAAAAAAACACACACACACACACACACAGAGAGAAUGGAGUCCGCGACAAACAGCCUGGAUGAGGCGUCAGCGGACGGCAGCGUGGAAUCCACCGACCGGGCGUCGGGGAUGGAAACGCGCGUUCAGGCGCAGGAGGACGAGAUCACGCUGCUCAAGGCCUCGCUGGCGGACGCGCUGCGCCGGCUCCGCCUCCACGAUCGGCUCCUCGCCGUCCUGAAGCAGCAGCUCAUCGCAGUAAAUCCCGCUUGUGCCGGACUCAUCGACCAAGUGUGCUGCCACGAGAACGCAAAGCUUUCCUCCAGUUUCGGUCUCGAUGACGGAGUCCUUCAGCGUGGUUCCAGUCGAUCGCCGCAAAGCGUCACGGCCGGCACAAACGGCCCCACGGCGCGCUCGACGUCAGCGGAACCGAGACCGGCGACGGCGGACCGGUCCACCCAGACGCGGGCGAGCGAGGCCGGCUGGGAUCCUGAGCCGAACGCGGGUCCGCACCUGGACGACGCCCUCCAUCCUCGGGCCAAGCUGCGCCGGGCCCCGAGCAUGGAGGAAGACGACGACGACCUGGAGGAUGAUGAAGAAGCGGCGGAGCAGGAAAAGGAGCCGAGUUGGACCGCGCCAGCGGAGGAACCCGCAGAGGGCGGCGCCGUCGUCGGCGUCCGGGGUGGAAGUCGUUCCCCGGAAGACGCUGACGCCGGCGCGCCUCCCAAUCAGAACCUCGGCCCAACAUCGAGCGCCGCCUCCACGGUCCGGCAAGGACCGCAGAAACCUCUACCCUGUACAGUUUCCACGUGCACUGCACUACCCAAACACUCCCUCGUCGUCUUCAGGGUGCGACGGAACAGCGAGAAAUUGGCAAACCUGAAGGGGCAAGUCAAGCGUCUGGAUAAGAAAGCGGCGUCCUCGGCCACCCUCCUCAACCACUCCCCGAGCUUCGAGAAUCGCGCCAAGGAGCUUGUCGCAAUCGCAGGAUCCCCUGGCUCCAGGAGAGGAACUUACAGUCAAGGGCAGUCGAUCAAAAUGUUCAUCCGGGGCCGUCCCAUCACCAUGUACAUCCCCGCCAACAUCCAAAAUUACGAAGACCUGAAGAUGGAGCUGCCCCCCGAGCGGCUGGAGCUGGACUGGGUCUACGGCUACCGGGGGCGAGACUGCCGGGCCAACCUGUACUUCCUCCCGACGGGCGAGGCGGUCUACUUCAUCGCCUGCGUGGUGGUCCUCUACCACAUCAGCAAGCGCACGCAGCGCCACUAUCGCAGGCACACGGACUGCGUUCGCUGUCUGACGCUACAUCCUGACAAAGUGCGAAUAGCAUCCGGACAGACGGCCAGCGUGGACAAAGACGGCAAGCCCCUGCAGCCUUGCGUGCAUAUUUGGGACUCGGGCACUUUGGUCACCCUGCAACACAUCGGACUCGGAACUUUCCAGAGAGGAGUGGGAUCGCUUGCGUUUUCCACAAUGGACUCUGGCGCGUUCCUGUGCGUGAUUGAUGAGUCCAACGAGCACAUGUUGUCUGUGUGGGACUGGGCCAGAGAUAGCAAGCAAGCUGAGGUCAAGAGCACCAACGAGACGGUGCUGGCUGUGGACUUCCACCCCAGCGACAGCAGCAACAUCAUCACCUGCGGUAAAUCGCACGUGUACUUCUGGACUUUCACCGCGGGGCAGUUCACCAAGAAGCAAGGCAUCUUCGGCAAAUACAAGAAGCCCAAGUUUAUCCAGUGUUUUGCGUUCAGCCUGACGGGUGAAGUUCUGAGCGGGGAUUCCGAGGGGAACAUCCUGACAUGGGGGAGGUCCGCCGCGGAUAUCAGAACUCUCGGCAAAGGAGCCAAAGAGACCUUCCAGAUCAUGCGCCAGACCAAAGCACACGAGGGCAGCGUGUUCACCUUGUGCACGCUGCAGGGCGGCGCGCUGCUCAGCGGGGGAAGCAAAGACCGCAAGGUCAUCCGCUGGAGUGCCGACCUGGCCCCCGAGCAAGAGUGUGAGAUUCCUGAGAAAUUUGGGGCAGUGCGCACCGUUGUGGCGAUGGCCGAAGACGAAGUGUUGGUUGGUACAACGAGAAACGCCAUCCUCAGAGGCACCUUCUCCAAUGGCUUUGUGGCCGUCGUGCAAGGUCACGUGGACGAAAUGUGGGGGCUGGCGACGCACCCGCAUGUCGACAGCUUCCUCUCCUGUGGCCACGACAGGCAGGUGUGCUUGUGGGAAACCGGCCAGCACACGCUCACCUGGUCCGUCACCCUGGAGGAGUACGGGUUGUGCGCCGACUUCUGCCCGAACGGAUCGGUGGUUUCGGUCGGCCUCAGCACAGGAAGGUGGGUGGUCUUGGACCUGCUGACCGCGGAGGUCGUCUCCGAGUCGGUGGACGGCAAUGAGCAGCUUUCAGUCAUGAGAUACUCUCCAGACGGCUGCUGUCUCGCGGUGGGGUCCCACGACAACUUCAUCUACAUCUAUAAUGUGACGGAAGGUGGACGCCGUUACUCUCGCUUUGGGAAAUGCAACGGCCACUCCAGUUUCAUAACUCACUUGGAUUGGUCCAAAGACGGGAAGUACAUCAUGUCAAAUUCCGGCGACUAUGAAAUUCUCUAUUGGGACAUUGCUGGGGGCUGCAAACUCUUGAGGAAUCGCUUUGAGAGCAAAGACCGCGAGUGGGCCUCCUACACGUGUGUGCUGGGCUUCCACGUCAUGGGCGUGUGGCUGGAGGGCUCCGACGGCACCGACAUCAACGCGCUGUGCCGCUCCCACAGCGAGAGCGUGGUGGCGGUGGCCGACGAUUUCUGCAAAGUUCACCUCUUCCAGUACCCCUGCCCCAAACCCAAGGCGCCCAGCCGCAGGUACGAGGGCCACGGCAGCCACGUCACCAACGUGCGCUUCACCCACAGCGACUCGCACCUGCUUUCCAUGGGCGGCAAGGACGCGUGCAUCCUCCAGUGGCGGGUGGUGCGAGGGGGCACUGCCGCCGCCGGCUCUCCCGAACCCGCCCCCGCGCUCCCCACCUAGGAGGCGACGGACUAUAGACGGUUGCCAGACAGAAUUUAUCGCCUGGACUAUUUUGUCUUCUGAGUACCAAAUGUGAUCCUUUUUUCAAUGAUAUUUGGAGAACAUUCCUG